ACAGAGAGACUGUGUGAGUGAGAACACGUAUUAUAUUCGAUGGCUGUCGUGGGAAACCCUAAUUUCUCGAUUGGGGAAUCGUCUCCUGUGAAAUCCCCUAAUUUCGAAUCGUCUUCCGAUUUGGAUUUGUGUGUUAAACGAAAAGGAGGGAAUGAUAUUCAGGAAAUCGAUUCCGGCAUGGCAAAGGAGGCAAAGAAAACGCGGGAGGUUUCGGAAUUCACAGAUUUCUUUGGUCUAUUGAGGAUCUACCAAAAAGAGAUGAUCUUUGAAAGGGAAGAUUAUGAUCCUACGGUAGAAUAUUCCCCAAGUGACGACGAGGAGGAUGAGAAAAAGGAUAUGGAAGAACAUCCUUACGACCGCGAGGUUGUUCUCAAAUACAUCACCCAAGUCCGCAAUAGCGGUGGUUUUGAUGUGGAUGUGUAUAUUCCUGCUUGGUUACACGUGAACUUGGUUAAAUUCAUGCCUGUUGAGAUGUCUGACCCCGGCGUAGGUGCUUUAAUGUACAAGCUAGCAAAGGUUGCAAUUGAUGAAAUCAAUGUUGACAUGAAAAGCAAAACUUUCGAGCUUGUGGAAGUUUUCAAGGCUGUCGCGACAACGAACUGCAUCGGCCUGGCCUAUUUGACUCUGGCUGUGAAAAGAGUUGGGGUGAAGCCUGCUACUAUCACUAUCCAAGCAAUUGUCAACUUUCACUGGAAUAGCCCUUUCGACCUUCGGCAGUGGAGGGUCAAACCAGAGGUGGAGGCUUGAUUGUCCAUUUCUGCUAUUAUGUUAGAUAUUUUGUUGAAUUUGAUAUGUGCCAUGCCCUAGCAUAUUUGACUCUGGCUGUAAAAAAAGAAGCUGCAGCUACUUCGACUAUCACUAUCCAAGCAAUUGUCUUCUGUCCCCGGCUUGGCCUCGACCUCCCUUGGGACCUCCGCCAGUGGAGGGUUAAACCACACGCCCACGCUCAACUAGUGGAGGCGGAGGCUGAGGCUUGAUUGUUCCAAUUCUGCUACUAUGUUAGAUAUUUUGUAUAUGUCUUGUUUUAACAAGUUUUAGGUACGUCGGUACUAAGUGUUUUCCACUGAUAUUGAAUAUGAACAAGUCUGAUAUCUAACUAUUUCUAUGGGACGGUGGGAGUAUUUGGUUAUGUCGGAGCCUUGAUUGUUCCAUUUCUUCUACUACUAUGCUUUUGUCCAAUAAUGCUAGAUAGUAGUAUGUUGUUGAAUUGGUUGUGUGCUUAUAGCCUGUAUGGAUUGUUGACUAAAUUAAUAUACUUUGUUAUUUGA